AUGCUCAGAUCAGAUGAAAUUCUUCAGAAACUGGAACCUGAUUCAAGCGAUACUUUUGUUGAAGGCUUGAUUGAUAUGUACACUAAUAGACCUGACGAAAUGAAAAAUGUCUGUUUGGCUGAUUUUGCUUCAUUGUAUAAUGUGUCAAAGAAAAAAGCAGACAAUGCUCAAAUUACGGAAAAUUCUGAUGGUGAAGAUGUCAUUGACAAUGCAAUUGAUGAAAAAACUAUUGCUUUAAAGAUGAAAAAUGGAAAAGGUUGGAUUAAAAACAGGAAAAAGAAAAAAACAAUAAGAUGCAGAAAUUUUAAGCUACAUCAAGAUCCUGAAAAUUAUUAUAGAGAGCAGCUGGUGCUAUUUCUAUUAUGGAGUAAUGAGGAAGAAAAUCUUAUUAAUAUAAAUCAUGAAGAGACAUUUGAAUUAUAUAAAAAUUUGAUUCAACAAAAAAAAUCUGAAUAUGUUCAUCGUGAAGCCAAUCAAUUCGAGCAAGCUUUUGAAGACCACACAAAAAGAGAAAAUGAAAAUGAUAUUGAUGAUAAAAAUAUUGAAUAUGAUGAAGAUAAAAAUGAAUUUCUCAUUUAUGAAAUAGGAAAUAAUGAAGGUGAUAUCUUUGUUGUUGAAAUGGGAAUAAAUACUCGAACUGAAAAAAU